GAGGAGGAGGAGGAGGAGGAGGAGGGUGUGUUUUGAGGUCUGAAAAUCGGUUUUCUUCAACUGGGGUUUUGAGAUCGCCGUUUGAAAAUGGCGCCCUCGUUUGAUUGGUGGGGAAAAGACACUCGCAGAGGAACCCCUGUUGUUGUUAAGAUGGAGAAUCCAAAUUGGUCGAUGGUUGAGCUCGAGGGUCCGUCGAAGGAUGAUUUUCUCAUCGCGGGUGAGUCGCCAACGGGCCGGACCAGAGAGAAAGCCCGAGGGAAAAACGCUAAACAACUCACGUGGGUCCUCCUCCUCAAGGCCCACAAGGCCGCCGGUUGUUUAACCUCCAUUGGCUCUGCAAUGGUGGACCUUGUCGCCACUGUAAGACGCCGCGUUGCUUCGGGACGGACCGACGAGGACGAGGACGACGCCGACGCCGACGCCGACAAUGACGUCACUGGUAAAGAGAACCCGACAGUGAAAACGAGAUUCUAUUCUUGUAUCAAGGUGUUUUUAUGGCUGUCGGUGCUUCUGUUGGGUUUUGAGGUGGCGGCCUUCUUCAAGGGCUGGCAUUUCGUUUCUCCAAACUUUCAAUUGGAUUAUCUCUGGGCAUCACCUUGGGGUUUCAAGGGAGCUUUUGGUUGGAUUUACUCUCAGUGGGUAUCGAUUCGAGUGGAUUAUUUAGCUCCUCCUCUGCAAUUCUUAACCAAUGCCUGUGUCGUACUGUUCAUCAGUCAAAGCUUGGAUCGUUUAAUCUUAUGUUUGGGUUGUUUCUGGAUCCGAUUCAAGAAAAUUCAACCAGUUCUUAAACCUGGAGAUGAAGACCUUGAAUCCGGCGAGAAGGGCUAUUUCCCAAUGGUUCUUGUUCAGAUCCCCAUGUGCAAUGAAAAAGAGGUUUAUCAGCAAUCAAUUGCUGCUAUCUGCAAUUUGGACUGGCCAAAAACCAAUCUGUUGAUUCAAGUUCUUGAUGAUUCUGAUGAUCCAACUACCCAAUUGCUGAUUAAAGAGGAGGUUCAUAAAUGGCAGCAAGAAGGUGCCAACAUUGUUUAUCGUCAUCGAGUCAUUCGAGAUGGUUACAAGGCUGGCAACCUCAAAUCCGCUAUGAAUUGUAGCUAUGUCAAAGACUACGAAUUCGUUGCCAUUUUCGACGCCGAUUUUCAACCGACACCCGAUUUCCUUAAAAGAACUGUUCCUCAUUUCAAGGACAAUGAAGAGCUGGGGUUGGUUCAAGCAAGGUGGUCUUUUGUGAACAGGGACGAGAACUUGCUAACCAGGCUGCAGAACAUCAAUUUAGCUUUCCAUUUUGAAGUAGAGCAGCAAGUUAACAGUGUCUUCCUCAACUUCUUUGGCUUCAAUGGCACGGCUGGUGUAUGGAGGAUCAAAGCUCUCGAGGACGCCGGUGGGUGGUUGGAAAGGACCACCGUCGAGGACAUGGAUAUCGCUGUUCGUGCUCAUCUUCAUGGAUGGAAAUUCAUAUUCCUAAACGACGUCGAGUGCCAGUGUGAGCUACCAGAAUCUUAUGAAGCUUAUAGAAAACAACAACAUAGAUGGCAUUCUGGCCCAAUGCAGUUGUUUCGCCUUUGUCUGCCUGCUAUUAUUCGAUCGAAGAUUAGUGUAUGGAAGAAGUUCAACUUAAUCUUCCUCUUCUUUUUGCUCAGAAAAUUGAUACUGCCCUUCUAUUCGUUUACACUUUUCUGCAUAAUUCUCCCGAUGACAAUGUUCGUUCCCGAGGCCGAGCUACCCUUUUGGGUUGUCUGCUAUAUCCCAGCCAUGAUGUCGUUUCUAAACAUUCUGCCUGCCCCAAAAUCCUUCCCUUUCAUUGUCCCUUACCUCCUUUUUGAGAACACAAUGUCAGUCACCAAGUUCAAUGCCAUGAUCUCAGGCCUCUUCCAGCUCGGUAGUGCCUACGAAUGGGUUGUUACAAAGAAAUCUGGCCGAUCGUCGGAGGGUGAUCUCGUCUCCUUGGUAGAGAGAGAGCAGAAGCAUCAGAGAGGGGCUUCGGUGCCCGGCCUAGAAGAGAUGAAGGAAGAAUUUGAGAAGCAAGAGCAGAAAGGCUCUUUGCAAAAGAAGCACAAUCGAAUAUACGUGAAAGAGCUCGCAUUAGCUUUCCUCCUCCUAACUGCCUCGGCACGGAGCCUUCUAUCUGCACAAGGAAUCCAUUUCUACUUCUUGUUGUUCCAGGGGAUCUCGUUCCUGCUGGUCGGGUUGGACUUGGUCGGCGAACAGAUAGGUUGAUUUGUAUAAAUAGAUGAAUUCUGUAGGAAAAAAGAAAGAACACAAGGAAAUGAGUAGAGAAAAACAAUGGUGAAAUGGGAAAAAAAAGACAACCACAAUGGAUGAACAGAGCAUCAGAGAAUGAAUCCCUGUAGUGAAGAAUGUCAAGGCCAUUUCACUCAGUACAGUCGAGAUAAUAGAGUAUUAUAUGGACACAAACAAACGACAAUAUUGGAGAGAGAUGCUUAUGUCAAAUGGCGAAGCUCUUCCGGUGUAUCUAUAUGUAGGUUUUUUUUUGUUUCUUUUAAUGUUGUUUCAAUUCGUUUGUUUUUCGAUACUUUUGUAAGAACAAAAAAUUGAACAUCAAAAACAUCAAAACAAGGAGAUAUUAGGCAACUGUUGGAUGAAACUGACAGAAAUAUUUGGUUCAUAUUUAAUGAUAGUUUCUUGUGUUCUUGUUGCUUUC